GCCAGCGCCACGCGGCCCCGGGCUGCGGGGGCCUUGCGGCUGCCCCCGGGCUGCCCGCGGCGCUGCCUGCGUCCGGGACGGCGCCGCCGCCGGCCCAGGAGCCGAUCUGACCGGUCCGACUCGUUCCGCCCGGCCGACCGGUCAUCAGCCAGCGGUGGAGCCGUGAGGAUGAAGGGCCGGAUCCCACCCGUGCUCGGCGCGGCCCUGGCCCUGGCCCUGGCCUUGGCUGUGCCAGCCUGUGCCCGCCGGAGCCAGGACCUGCACUGUGGAGCCUGCAGGGCGCUGGUGGAUGAGCUGGAGUGGGAGAUUGCCCAGGUGGACCCCAGGAAAACCAUCCAGAUGGGCUCCUUCCGCAUCAACCCUGACGGCAGCCAGUCGGUCGUGGAGGUGCCCUACGCCCGCUCGGAGGCUCACCUGACGGAGCUGCUGGAGAGGGUCUGUGAGAAGAUGAAGGACUAUGGGGAGAAGGUGGAUCCAGGCACCCACAGGAAGAGCUAUGUCCGAGUCCUGUCCCAGGAUGGGACCAGGAUGGACCUCUCCGGGGUCAAAAUCGACGGCGACGUGGCAGCCAGCCUCAAGUUCGCGUGUGAGAGCAUCGCUGAGGAGUAUGAGGAUGAGCUGCUGGAGCUCCUCUCCCACGAGACUGAGAACGUCAAGGAUCGGCUCUGCAGCAAGCGCACAGACCUGUGUGACCACGCUCUCCACAUGCCUCACGACGAGCUGUGACCCAGGCAGCAGCCCUGGCUGCCUCUGGAGGACGCUGCCCACCCUCGGCUCA